AUGUUAAACAAUUGCCAAAACCUCAAGUUCAAAAACAACAGAAGCUCAAACACACCACAAACUCAAGUUCAAACACGCCACAAACUCAAGUUCAAAAACACCACAAACUCAAGUUCAACCAAUGCCCGAUUCUCAAGUUUAACAAUUUCCACAACCUCAAGUUCAAACAACACCACAAACUCAAGUUCAAACACGUCACAAACUCAAGUUCAACAAACACCACAAACUCAAGUUCAAAAACACCACAAACUCAAGUUCAAACACAACACGAACUCAAGUUCAACAAACACCACAAACUCAAGUUCAAAAACACCACAAACUCAAGUUCAAACACGACACAAACUCAAGUUCAACAAACGCCACAAACUCAAGUUCAACAAUUGCCACAAAUUAAAGUUCACUAAAAACCAAAGACGCAAGUUCAACAAUUGCCACAAACUCAAGUUCAACAAAGUUAAGUUCAAAAAACACACAAACUCAAGUUCAAACAACACCCGAUUCUCAAGUUAA